AUGUCGCAACAGCCGACCGACGAGCCUACGAACCAACGGGAUAUCUUAGCGUCCGACUCUAGAUUGUUUGCGUCGGCUUCACCCGGAAUUCCGGCUGAGGUCGUGGAAGGAGUGUUACUCGAAGAUAGAAGUGAUGAUGCUUCUAUGCACGAUGGCGACUCGGCAAUCGAAAUUGAAAGCUAUAGUGUUGCCGAACGUCUCGAGGAGAAUGGGCGAACAUACCACUCCUUUAAAGGGGGGAAAUAUAUGCUCCCCAACGAUGAUACUGAACUGAACAGAUUAGACCUCCAGCAUCGCAUGUGGGAGAUCACACUGGACGACGAGCUUCAUUUGGCCCCGAUUGGCCCGUCUCCGCACAGAGUCCUUGACAUCGCGACAGGGAGCGGCAUAUGGGCUAUAGACUUUGCAAACCGGUAUCCGUCUGCUAUUGUUACAGGCACUGACCUCUCUGCUGUCCAGCCCGAAUACAUUCCGCAGAACUGCGAAUUUCAGAUAGAUGAUGCCGAGGAUGAAUGGCUGUUUACCCAAGCCUUCGACUAUAUACAUGGCCGUGCUUGUGCAACCUGUUUCAAGGAGCCCAAAGAGAUUUUUCGUAAGGCGUUCGAAAACCUGACGCCCGGCGGAUACCUCGAGAUGCAGGAUCUAGACCUUCAGACAUCUGAAGAUGGAAGUAUAGAAGGUACUACGCUUACAGUGAUCCAAGAGAAUGUUCACAAUGCUCUGGCAUCGGUAGGCAUGAGAUGGGACAACGCUCGUCAAUAUAAAAGAUGGAUGGAAGAGGUUGGAUUCGAGGAAGUCCGUGAGGUUACUUUCAGAUGGCCAUCGAACCCCUACUGGCCAUCUGAUCCCAAGGAGAAGACUGUGGGGGCCUGGUUCCUAGCUCAGAUCUCGUGUGGCUUGCUCGAGAGCGUCUGCACGCGGAUUUUCAUGACAAAGUUGGGUUGGUCAAGACAACGACUGGAUGAAUUUCUUGCGAAAGCCGAAAAUGACUUGAGGAACAGGAGGAUUAAGGCCUAUUCGCCUGUGUGA